GGUUCCUAAUUCCGGAAGUUGCUUUCCCAGGCGGCGUGUGCGUCCGGUGUGGUCUUUGUGAGAUUCCACCAUGGCGUACCGUGGCCAGGGCCAGAAAGUGCAGAAGGUGAUGGUGCAGCCCAUCAACCUCAUCUUCAGAUACUUGCAAAACCGGUCUCGCAUCCAGGUGUGGCUCUAUGAGCAAGUGAACAUGCGGAUAGAGGGCUGCAUCAUUGGUUUCGAUGAAUACAUGAACCUUGUAUUAGAUGAUGCAGAGGAGAUCCAUUCUAAAACAAAGUCAAGAAAACAGCUGGGUCGGAUCAUGCUAAAAGGAGAUAAUAUUACUUUGCUACAAAGUGUCUCCAACUAGAAAGGAUGGAUGAAGUGAGAAAAUACUGAGAAGGCAAUGCUGUGUCUUUUGGUUUGUUUUUUAGGUGCCCUUUCAUUGUGAGUGUAGGUCCAAAACACUUGUUCAUGUUGUUUUUAUUACCCUUAUGUUAUUACAAGAAGACAAUAAAUACAGUGGGAAUUUUAUUAAAAAUUUUAC